CUUUUUUGACAUAGUAAUGAAUAAAUUGAUGUAGAUUCUAUGCUGUUUAUAGAAACAAAAAGUAACCGUUUUAAAUGCCUCAAUUGACGUUAAGUCUGUCUUGGUGCAAUUUAAUUAUGUUUCGUCAUCAUCUUUUCAAGUUCACGCACUAAGCUUAGUGAAAAAGAUACGCCUUUUUUCUUGUUCUGUUUUGUUUUGCAUGUCACAGUAAGUAACUCUCCUCCUCAAUUAUCAAAAAUGCAAACUUUAAUUUUCUUCUAGAGAAGAGCCACUCUCUCCACUUCUUUCUUUGUCCAACUUUUUAGACAGAGAAAGUGGCGUCAGAGAUAGAUAGAGAGAUACAUAUUCAAGUUGGUUGAAGGAGGAGAAUUAGCGGUUCAUAUCAGUACGGAGAAAAUUGUCAGUCAUAUGCUUUUUUUCUUUAAAUUCUGCAUUUGAGUGGGUGUGUGCUUUUAACCAUUUUGGUGAUUUAUCAAAAAAAAAAAAAAAAUUCUGUGUGUUUUGAGCUCAAGCUCUCUACAAAUUUUGCUGUCUCAAGUUUUUGCCUUUUGAAGUCCAAUAAAGUUGAAAUCUUUGUUCUUUUUGAUUGGUCUUCGUGAAUUCCGGUGAAAGUUUCAAACUUUUGAUUUAAAUUCCGGGGAGGAAUUAGGGUUUAUGAAAGUAAAAGAAGAAACUUUGAAGAAUUUGGGAGAUGGAGUGGUUUUAAGACCUGUUGAUCAUUGUUCUAGCAUUUGGAGUAUGAAGAUGAACAUGAAGAACUUUCUUAAGAAACUUCAUAUCUCGCCCAAUCAAUCAGAUGAAGCUGAAGGAUCAAUUUCAACAACUAAGAGCAAUCAUCAUAAGUCUAUCGAUGUAUCAUCAUCAUCAUCACCGAGGUCUCAUCACAGCAAUAGCCCUGAAAUCAAACCUUUUUCUGGUUUAUCUAAUUGGUUAAGUUCUGUUGGUCAUAGAAAAAUCCCUAGUCCUCCUAAUUCUUUCAAUGCCAAGAACAGAGCCGCCACGGUUGAUGACACUGUUGUUGUUAAUGGGUCAGAACAUGUGGAUUUAGGUUCCAAAGAUCCAGCUGUUGAAGAAGAGAAUCAGAUACAGUUGGCUUUAGAGUUAAGUGCUAGAGAAGAUCCUGAGGCUACUCAGAUUGAGGCUAUUAAGCAAUUCAGUUUAGGCUCUUGUGCUCCUGAGAACUCUCCAGCUGAACUCAUCGCUUAUCGCUACUGGAAUUACAAUUGUCUUGGCUAUGAUGACAAGAUCUUGGAUGGUUUUUAUGACUUGUAUGGAGUGUUGAAUGCAUCCUCAGCAGAAAGAAUACCUCCUUUGCUCGAUCUUCAAGGGACACCUGUUUCAGACGGUGUGACAUGGGAAGCUGUUCUUGUGAACAGAAGUGGGGAUUCUAAUCUGUUGAGACUUGAACAGAUGGCUCUUGAUAUUGCUGCUAAAUCAAGAUCAGUUUCUUCCUCUGGUUUUGUGAAUAGUGAAUUGGUAAGGAAACUGGCUAUUUUAGUGGGAGAUUACAUGGGUGGACCAGUCGUGCACCCAGAGAGCAUGUUGAGAGCUUGGAGGAGUCUUAGCUAUAGUUUGAAAGCAACUCUUGGAAGCAUGGUUUUGCCACUUGGUUCUCUGACUAUUGGUUUGGCUCGUCACCGAGCCUUGUUAUUCAAAGUAUUGUGUGAUAGUGUUGGUGUUCCUUGUCGAAUAGUCAAAGGUCAGCAAUAUACCGGUUCUGAAGAUGUGGCAAUGAACUUUAUUAAGGCUGAUGAUGGCAGGGAGUACAUUGUUGAUCUUAUGGGAGAUCCCGGCACGCUUAUUCCAGCUGAUGCAGCUGGACUACAAAUAGACUAUGAUGAAUCUGCCUAUUCCGCUAGUCCUGGAGACAAUGAUUCAAUUCAUGUAGCUUCUUCCAGCAAUGGUAUUGAAAGCUCAUAUGAAGAGAAUACAGAGUUUCGAACAGGGGAACAUCGUUCUAGUACCAAGAGUUCUGGGGAGAGAAACCAAUCCGGAGGUGGAGGCGAUCUCAUUGUUCAUCCAAAUAUUUCUAGAGAAGAUGUGAAAAAUCAGAAGAAAGUUGAAAAGGCUCCAUUUCAAAAUCUGUCUAGCAGGCCUAUUCAUUCUUUCACCCAUAUGAGAUCACCUUCUUGGACUGAAGGGGUUAGCUCCCCAGCUGCACAAAGGAUGAAAGUCAAAGAUGUUUCACAAUAUAUGAUUGAUGCUGCUAAAGAGAAUCCACGGUUAGCUCAGAAGCUUCAUGAUGUAUUACUUGAAAGCGGAGUUGUAGCUCCUCCCAAUUUAUUUUCCGAAGUCUAUCCCCAGCAAUUGGAGGCAACUGUUGAAAGCAAAAACUCGACUGAAGCCAAGAAAGAGAGAGGAAAAGAUUUAGAGACAACUCAGGAAGGAAGACACCAAAACGGUUUUGGUCCAGUGAGGUUUUUGCCUCCAUUACCAAGAGUGCAAUCUAAAACAAAUGCACAUGAUCAACGUGAUAAUGGCAAAGUUGUAAGUCAGUCUGAUUCUUCACAUUCUGAAGCAUCUUCGACAGAAUAUGCCAGAACCGUCCCUGCUGCUGUAGCUGCAGCUGCUGUUGUUGCAUCUUCCAUGGUUGCUGCUGCUGCUGCCAAGUCUGCAAACUCAGACUCCUCCCCCAUAGAACUUCCUGCUGCAGCUGCUGCCACGGCCACUGCUGCUGCAGUUGUGGCAACAGCUGCAGCCGUGUCCAGGCAACUUGAAUUAGGCUCGAAUAGCGACGGGGAUGAUGGUUCUGGUGGGCAUGAGCCUCAAGGUAGUGGGGACUCUAAUCAUGGGCCAAAUUCAGGAGGGGAAAGAAUAUCUGACAAAUCUAUUGGCAAUGAAAGUUCUAAGUCAGACUGUGAUGAUGUAUCUGACUGUGAGAUUUUGUGGGAAGAAAUUACUGUGGGAGAACGUAUUGGACUUGGAUCUUAUGGAGAAGUGUAUCGGGGAGAUUGGCACGGGACUGAAGUGGCUGUCAAGAAGUUCCUUGAUCAAGAUUUAACAGGAGAAGCAUUGGAGGAAUUCAGAAGUGAGGUCCGAAUCAUGAAAAAGCUAAGACAUCCCAACAUUGUUCUCUUCAUGGGAGCUGUGACUCGCCCACCGAAUCUUUCAAUUGUUACAGAGUUUCUUCCUAGAGGUAGCUUGUAUAGGUUAAUCCACCGGCCAAAUAACCAAUUAGACGAGAGGAGGCGCCUGAGAAUGGCCCUUGAUGCUGCUCGUGGAAUGAACUAUUUGCACAGCUGUAAUCCGAUGAUUGUCCAUCGCGAUCUUAAGUCCCCAAACCUUCUAGUUGACAAAAACUGGGUCGUGAAGGUGUGUGAUUUUGGAUUGUCUAGGAUGAAACACAGUACAUACCUCUCUUCAAAGUCAACAGCAGGGACGGCUGAAUGGAUGGCUCCAGAAGUGCUAAGAAACGAACCUGCUGAUGAGAAGUGCGAUGUUUACAGCUACGGUGUGAUCUUAUGGGAACUCUUUACGUUACAACAACCGUGGGGAAAGAUGAACCCGAUGCAAGUAGUUGGGGCAGUUGGGUUUCAGCAUCGACGUCUUGACAUUCCCGACUUUGUAGAUCCAGCAAUUGCAGAUCUCAUCAGUAAAUGCUGGCAGACGGAUUCAAAGUUAAGGCCAAGUUUUGCAGAGAUAAUGGCGUCUCUAAAGCGGCUACAGAAACCUGUAACAGGUUCCAACAUCCCAAGACCAGUCCCCAGUUCCUCUUCAUUACCAACUGAACAUGAACAAAAGGAUUGAUAACAGAAGAAGACGACCAAAGUGGCAAACACAUUUUUGACGAAUUCAAUCUGUUUGAAGGAAAAAAAAGCUACAAAUGUUCCUUCUCUGCUACUUUUUGCCUCAGCUUCAGUGUUUGACACAGCUUGUGAAUUGUGAAAAAGAAAGAUUCAUGGAAGAUGACGAUUGAAGAAGGUGAAGGAUUGUGCUCGUGUGUUUUGUUGUCUUUGCUUGCAAGCGAUGUUCAUGUUCAUGCGUAAUUUCCUCUAUUUUGUUUUCCAAUAUUGAAACUGUACAAAGAGAGAAAGAAAAAACAAUUGACAAACUCGUCGAAACGUUGACCGAAAACAUAUAUUAAAAAAAAUCAUUGAGCUC